AUGAUUCCAAGCACUAGUGUAUAUCACUUGGGAAUUUUCUCACGGUCGAAAAGGAGUAAAGGAUCCAGUGUUUCUGAUGAAGUAUCCAGCACCGAGGAUUCUCCGGACAACAAAGGAAUUGAUGAUCCUGUAUUUGGUGCUUAUUGGUAUGAUUAUUCCUACAAAAAAUCCAAAACCAAAGAUGAUUCAAACAAAAAAUCAAACACCGAAGAUUCUUCGACAAACAAAGGAGUCAAUGAUCCUGAAUUUGGUGCUUAUUGGUACGAUUAUUCAUACAAAAAAUCCAAAACUGGAGAUUCAGGUAAAAAUUCUAACACCGAGAAUUCUCCGACAAAAGAAGUAAGAGAUGAUCCCAAAGAAUAUACUCCGAUAAACAAGAAUGGUGAACUUACCAAGACUCUUAGAGAAGAGGGACAUGACCACAUUCUUGCCCAGCAAACUGCAGACUCGCUGCCGAUGUCAGACGAUAAGUUAUUACCGGAGAUCUUGAAAAACUUCUCGUUGAAAGCCGAAUCCAAGGGCACGGGUUACGUGAAGAUAGCAUUGACGAACUGCGCGAGAGAUGAAAUGAGAGGCGAGACUAAGUAUUGCGCCUCAUCAUUAGAAUCCUUCGUCGAUCUAGCCGUUUCGCUCUUCGGGGAAAACAUUCGAUUGAUUUGGCAUGAGCUUGGGGACGAAACGAAGAACCCGUCGUUUACGAUCGGUAAAGUACGGAAAAUAGGAGAGAACGAUAUCGUUUGCCACAAGAUGAAGUACCCGUAUGCAGUGUAUUAUGCCAUGCGAUUGAGAAAACCGUGGUUUAUAAAGUUCCACUCGCAAGCGACGACGGGACAAAGGCUAACGUCGUGGCGGUUUGCCAUCUAG